CAAAUAAAUAAAUAUAUUAUUAUUAUUAUUAUUAUUAUUAUUAUUAUUAUUAUUGGCUAAAAGUGGUUAUAAUGAAAAACACAGUAACAGUUGAGAACUGCUCAGGCUUCAUAUGCUAAUAUUUACAUAGCACUUCAGUAUAUGGCUUUGAAGAAAGUAUGUGAAUGCAAUGUUCAGUUGAAGUACUGUAUAACAAAAAUGAUACAUCCAAUAUCAUUCAAAAUUAUGUUUUAAAAUGGCAGGUACAGUCGUCCCUCUGGAUUCAUGGGGCAUUCUGGACCCUCCCAUGGAUACCAACAUUUGUGAAUACCCAAGUCCCAUUGGCCCCAAUGGUGGCAAAUGCAUGUAGCUUCACUGCCAUUGGGGACAAUGGGACAAGUCCUCCCUACCUACUUCCUUCUCUCCUCCCCCCCCCUUCCAAGGCUUCCCUGGGCUUAGCUUUGGAGGCAGAGGUUGGAGCCCCAGAGACAGUGCCAGUGCAGGGGCUUGGCAUUGGGGGUGGAGGCUCCAAGACGCUGUGCCAGCUCCUUCAGCUGACAGGGUUCCAGCCUUCACCUCCAAAGCCAAGCCGAGGGCAGAAGCCUCACAGGGGGAGAAGGCUUGAAGGACCAACCCUUCACCCCCUUCCAGGGCGGAGAGCUGCCUUGGGAGCUAGGCAGCUCUCAGUCCUGGAAAGGGGCAGGGCUGAGGCAUGCACUCUCUUCCUGGCUGCUCCCUCCAUCCUGGGCUUUUUUCCUCUGAAGGGAAUAAGCCUGGGAGGGAGGAAGAGGAGGAAGAAGAGGAGUGCAUGUGGCAGUGGCCUUGACCUUGUGAAUGAUCAAAACCAUGAGUGUCAAAGCCCCGUAUGGCGAGGGAUGACUGUAGUUAUUACCCGCUUGAGGAUGUAGUUCAAGGUAUAAAUCCAGUGUAAGUGGUAUUGGUGUUCAACCAAAGACCUAUGAAGAAACUUUUUGUCUCUUUUUAGAUUGUGAUCCUAUAUUGUUAAAUCUUAGUGGGUAACAUGCUACUAAAACUCUUGGAGUUAAUCUUUUGUUUCAGAAUAAAAUGCAAGAGCUGUCUUCAUUGGCUGCAGAAAGUCAUGACAGCAACCACACCAUCUGGUUUGGUCACUAUCCCACCUCAGCAAUCAUCUCUCCUUCUCCAGGAAUACGAAUGGCAAUGAGUUCUGCUACAGCUUAUUUGUGUGGACACUUCCAUACAUUGGGUGGUCUGAUGCCAGUUCUGCAUACGCGUCACCACCAUGGUACUUUAGAACUGGAACUUGGAGACUGGAUGCAUAAUAGGAAGUACCGGAUUCUUGCAUUUGAUCAUGAUCUCUUCAGCUUUGUUGAUGUGACAUUUGAAGAAUGGCCUGUAGUUCUUAUCACCAAUCCCAAGCCGUUCCUUUAUAGUAGCUCUUCUCAUGAACCACUACAGAGACUCCUUCAUUCUACACACAUCAGAAUUUUGGCCUUUUCUCCUUCUCCUAUCAACCUUGUAAAGGUCAGUAUUGAUGGUGUUCAUCUGGGAGAUGCUAUUCAGGUAUCUGGACCUCUCUACGUACUGAAAUGGGCCCCUCAGAAUUACAGUCUAGGCUUUCAUCAGAUAGAAGUGACAGUUCAGGAUGCCAGUGACAGAAGCACUACUCAGCUUCAUACGUUUGCUAUGGAAGAAAACCUGUCUCUCAAAUUUGGCCUUUUUGCUUCUUGGAUUCUUCUUACUGACCACUAUAUAUGGGUACGAAUCGUGUUCGUUUUGUUAAUUGUAUUGCAAAUUCUCUUGCUGAUUAUUGUCCGGUAUCGAAGAAGGCCUACAUUAAAACAACCCCUGGGCAGGGCAGUGCAGCUCUCCUUUUCUCUUCACAUCUUGAGCAAAAUAAAUUUAUUCUAUUAUGCAUUUCUGUUGCUGAAUUUAUAUACCCUUUUAGGGCCCUGGUUUAUUGGUGAGAUUAUAGAUGGUCAUAUAGGCGUCUGUUUUUCCUUUGGGGUCAUUGUUGACGGUCAUUUCUUUGAAGGCAGUACAACUUUCCUCGUUGGAAUUAUGCAGGUGAUGUUUUUUAACCUACCAUUGAUGGCAUAUACCUGUUGGUGCCUCUUUAUACGCUGCCAAGGGCAUUGCUUUAGCUCUCAUCUGUAUCAUGUCAGAUUGUGUUGGGCUGUGCCCAUCCACCUCUUCAUGGCACUCCUAUUUUCCUGGCAGGUCUAUUCUUGUUAUUUCUUGCUGAAGACAUAUGGAACCAUGGCUUUUUUCCUCUCUCCAGUGAGAACUUGGAUUGUGGCUUUAACUGUCUUUCUGUUCUACAGAACCUGGAAACUACAGUCUUCCAUGCUUAGAACUUUUAUUUUAGAAAUGAAAAACUACCAAAGUUCAUAACAGCUCCUCGCUGGGCAACUCUUAUAUUUAAAAUAUUGUGAAAUGGUGAAGCUAUGAACUACAGAUUUGAUGUUGCUACUGCCUGGACAACUGAAUGUGAAGUCUUACUGCUAUCCUGAAAUUACUUCUGUGCUGUGAAAUAAGGCUUUCAGAAAGGUCAAGGCUGUAAAGGACCUAUAAUACCUGCCUCUGAUGCUAGAGGCUGCUUUUUAUUUCAUUUGUUGACAGAAAUUUGGUUUGAAUUGUUCUCAUUUUAAUAUUGAACAAAGUCCACCAGUGGAAUACUGUAAUAGAGUGUAAUUAUUCUUACUUAGCAGUGUUUACACAUAGUGUACCACACCUAAAUAUGGAAGCACAUACUGCUUUUUUACUGGUAACUGAUAGAGCCAUAAUGCAAAGCUAAAUAGUACACAGCAUCUCUUCUCCCUGCUUUAAACAGGCAAAUGCUUCAUCAUCACCCCAUUUAAGAAGUUACUUCUGAAAUUGCCCUAGGUUUCAAAAGUGGUUACUACGCAGCCUUAAUUGAAUAACCAGGGAGCCCUGGUGGCGAAGUGCAGCUACCACAUUGUAUGUUUGAUCCCAGAAGGCUCCAGAUUGAUUCAGCCUUCUAUCCUUUCGUAGGUCAGUAAAAUGAGUACCCCACUUGUUGGGGACAGUUGGCUUACAUAUUAUGGAUCACUUAGAGAGUGCUUAAAUUCACUAUGAAGCAGUAUAGAAAUGUAAUUGCUAUUGUUAUUAAUUUUAAAAAAUUGAAAAAUUGCUUUAUUGCCAUGUAUUGUGGUCCACAAUAGGGUAACAAAAGACAGGAUAACAAAAUGAAAAAUAUAAUAACACAAUUGUUAGUUAUAAGCAGCAGAUUUAUAAGGAAACACAUAUGUUUAUGCUGAAAAAUAGCAUAGGUUUUUGGUAAGACAGUCAAGAGAAAGAGUCUCUUAAACUGUAUACUACCAUAGGAAACUCCUGUGGUUACCAUAUGAUUACCAUACAGGUUUCUUCAGACUGCAGGGAAUAACUUGAUGACAUGCAUGCACUGGUACCCUAACAUACAGUUCAGGGACAAGUAUUUAGGUUCCUCGGUUUUAACCUCAAUGCCUGAUUUUUUGGGCUAUUAAUGAGUAUGUUCCUAAUAAAAUUAAAAUAUAGAGGAUUUGCACAUAAUAUAAUCUAGUUUAGGUGGGCUUCUUAGUGGAGACAGCUUCCGUUAUCUUUCACCACUGGCUGAUAGAAAUUG